AUGUCCACCGACUUCUUGGGUUUACAGUGGUAAAAUAAACAGAAAUCGUCUCACAUCAUCUCUGGCUGGGUGUUUUGGCCCGUUCAUCUGCUGGACUGUAGCCUACAUAUUUCCUGUUUGCUCCUAUCGCAGCCCUGCAAAACAUCAUGACGUCACUGCGGUGUCAUUUUUAUUUAUACGAGACUCCAGCUGUUACAUUGACUCGGCAAACAGAGUCGAUGUGUUUGUCCGUGGGUGUGUGUCAUCGCCACGUGAUCCAGCUCGCCAAUGUCCUUCUACAACCCACUCAGCAUCAUGGCUGCGGAUGCUCUCCUCCCGCACCGCAUCCCCGGACCAUGCCUCCUGCCCCUGCUCCUCCUGAUCGCCUCCGCUCUCCCCACACCGAGCCACGGGCUGCUGGGCUUCCGACCGGAGGACACGGGAGGAGAUCUGUCCGUGCAGAACGGGCUGUUGAAGGCCACCGAAGGGACAAGGUUCAUGUUACGCGUGUACUAUGCAGCAUCCCCGCAGAGGCUCAACCGGACCGUCAGCAGCGCUGGCGGCACAGCCGCGCCGUGGAUCGCUUUCAUAGAAGAACCGGAGCCAGGCAGAGAGGGGCAGGUGCAUCCCAAACACAACUUGUGCGUGGAGGAGAGCGCCAGGAGCUCGGAUAUAGAGCUCCUCGGAUCUUUCAAGUCUGCCUCCAGCCAGAACUCCAUCCUGGUGGAGCUGCUCGCCAAAGACCUGCGGAGAGGAGAGAACAUCAAGUAUUACUCCAUGUGCGCCUUUGACGGGAUUAAAUGGGAGCACUACCGGACGCGCGACUUCUGGCUGGCGGUGGUGGAGCGGCCACCGCAUGCGGACGGGUGGCUACAAGCGGGUCUUUCGGUGCUGCUUCUGGCGUUUUCCGCGCUCUUCAGCGGGCUGGUGAUCAGCAUGCUCGCGCUGGACCCCGUGGAGCUCAAAGUGCUGCAGAACAGCGGCACGCACAAGGAGCAAAAGUACGCGCACAAGAUCGAGUCUGUGCGCAAACACGGCAACUACGUCCUGUGCACCUUGGUGCUGUGCAACGUGCUCACCAACACUUUCCUGGUGGUCUGGAUGUGCCAGAUCCUCGGAGUGACGCCCGUCUCUACUGCGGCGUGCACUUUUCUCAUCUUCUUCAUCGGAGAGAUCCUGCCGCACUCCGUUGCGUCCAGGCACGGGCUGGCUAUCGCGUCCAAGACCGUGUGGCUGACCAAGAUGCUGAUGCUGCUGACUUUCCCCAUCACAUAUCCCAUCAGCAAACUCCUAGACAAUAUGCUGCACCAGGAAAUCAGCAACUUCUACACCCGUGAAAAGUUACUGGCUAUGCUGAGAGUUUCCGACCCGUAUCAUGACCUGGUGAAAGAAGAGUUGAACAUCAUCCAGGGAGCUCUGGAACUCAGGAGCAAAACGGUGGAAGAUGUGCUGACCCCUCUCAAUGAUUGCUUCAUGCUGGCCUCGGAUGCCAUCCUUGACUUCUACACCAUGUCAGACGUGAUGCAGAGCGGAUACACUCGCAUUCCUGUGUUUGAGAACGAACGGUCUAAUAUUGUUGAUAUACUGUUCGUCAAAGAUCUGGCCUUUGUUGAUCCAGAUGACAGCACCCCGUUAAAAACCAUCACUCAGUUCUACAAGCACCCGCUGCACUGUGUCUUUACCGACACCAAACUGGAUGCAAUGCUGGAGCAAUUCAAGAAAGGGAAAUCUCAUUUGGCUAUCGUACAGAGGGUCAAUAACGAAGGAGAAGGAGAUCCUUUUAAUGCUAAUCAACAUGCUUUUAGUCCCACUGAUAACCGUACGAAGAGGAGAGUGUCUCACCAUGAGAGGAAACAGCAAGAUUUCUCCAUAUUUAAACUGUCAGAGAGUGAAAUGAAGGUCAAAGUUUCACCACAGCUUCUGCUCGCAACACAUCGCUUUCUAGCAACAGAAGUAGAACCCUUUAAGUCGACGCAUCUGUCAGAGAAGAUCCUCCUGCGGUUGAUAAAGCACCCAAGCGUGGUGCAGGAACUCAAGUUUGAUGAGAAAAACAAGCGAUCACCAAAGCACUACCUCUUCCAGCGCAACAAGCCUGUGGAUUAUUUCGUCCUCAUAUUGCAGGGUCGAGUGGAGGUAGAGAUCGGUAAAGAGGGACUAAAGUUUGAAAAUGGGCCAUUUACAUACUACGGCUUACCUGCUAUCAUGACCAUCCUACCCACAGUCCACAGAUCACCGUCCCGGAGCAGCGGUCUCAAUCAUUCGGAUACUACAAUCCACAGAGGCAGUCUGGGUCAACUGAGCAUAAGCGGAGGACCGUAUCUACCAGACUACUCAGUUCACCAGCUCACAGACCUACAGAUCAUUAAGAUCACUCGUAACCAUUAUCAGAACGCCCUGACAGCUACACGCAUGGACAGCUCUCCGCAAACACCCGACGCAGAGAGUCAAGCGCCCGGGGAGAGAAUGACAAUCCCUGAGACACGUUCCAACAGCAUCGCCCUUCCUCUGACAGAACCACGGCCCUGUCUGACCCGAUUCCACCAGCACAGCCACCUCUACAGACAGCCAGACAGCACCAGCACCCUUAAUGAGAGGAACCGCAUCGUCCGAAGUAAGUCAGAUGGACAGAAGAGCCCCAGUGACUCUGUGUUCCUGCGUAUGGAUGACACCCCAUAUAUAAGAGACAAUCGUGUGGAGAGAAAAGAAGGCACUGAUGCGACGGCCGUACCCAUGGAGACGGGCCUGUCUACAUCCCAGCUCAUCAGCUCUCACUCUCUGGGUGGCUCGGAUGAGAACCUGGGGAAAAAACUGCUCCGGAAACUCAGCAACAAAAAAAGAAAGAAGUCUUGUGAUGGAGAUAAACCUUUGGAAGACAAUCCUGAACAAUCACAGGUGAAGACCUAGCAUUCAUUGUACGGGUUUGCUUCUCUUUUGCUCUCUCACCUGCUUCUCCCACAAAUGUGAAAUCUUCUGCAGCCUUCCUCUGGAUCCUGAGUGAGAGAAAGCACAACCCAGUGUACAAUGACCACCACAACAGAUGUAGCAUCAGAAAACCUUGCCUUCAGGAAUAUACUGUUACAACAAACCUGAAAUAUACAACAUACAGCAAGACACAUGUUUUUUUUUUUCAUUGAUGAGAUGCUACAUAACCGUUGAUAUACUACAGUUUUGAUGGCGGUUUAUGAUGAUGUCAUCUCCAGUCACUCUGGUAAUGACAUUGUGACCUCUGACCCCGGGCAAAGCCAGCAAGCACAAGCCUGGAGACCUGAAGCCAACCGUUUGACCAAUGAGAGGGCAGAACCUUUAGUAUGUCACAAAAUGUGGUCAUCUUUCAGUAGAAACAAAGUGUUUAUUGUGUGAUUUUCUAUCAUAUUAAGUGAGAGGUAUUUGUCAGGCUGUGCCUGGAACUUAAUCAAGAUAUCAGAGCACUUUGAGACAGAUCAGACCCAUUUAUUUCAUAUUCUGUUGAAUAGCUGAGAUGUAGACAGAGAAAAAAUACCUAUAUUAGGUAAGUGCUGUCAGAAUCAUUUUUUUUCUUCUUCUAUUUUCUGUGUUCAAAGUAUAAAUAUUUUUUGUUGAUUUCUUAUCAUUUUGCUUUAAUUUUUGCAUUUCCGUUCAGCUGAGCGCACAGGGUACAAAGAGAUAUGGCUUUUUUUCUUUUUAGCUAUUUUAGGCCAUAUUCAAUAUUUUUAAAAAAAUAGUCAGAGAUGCCAGUGCUAAUGGUCCAAGAACAUGUAUUUGACAAUAGAUUUAUUUGUUUAAAAAUAAUAACAUUUAUUAUAUCGGCAUGCUUUUCUCAAACAGCAGUGUUAUUAUUGUUAUUAUUAGAACAGCAUUGUGUUUACUGUAUGAAAUAUAGAUAUUUAGGAUAUGCGCAAGCCAUAACUUGAACAAACUUGAAGCAUUGAUACUAAAAUGUCACCUCAGAGAUAUAUAUAUAUAUAUAAAAAUCAUAAGCAAUAUCCAAAACAUGCAAGAAGCCUAUAGUAUUUUGUUUUGAGCCCUUUUGAAAACGAUAGAAUACUUAGUCAUUUACUGCAACACGCUGAAAAUCUCACCCACGUUUCCUUUCAUAAGCAUGCUGCUAUGUGAAUUUCAUCUUCAAGCUUCAUGCUUCCUGUAAAUUAGAGCCUUUUUAAAAUGGCAUUCAUACUACCAUUCAAAAG